CCAGCUGGUUAAAUGGCUAUGGGUAUUCGUGCCCCGGACAAUACUGUGAUUGCUUCCCCAAUGUGUCUACCUGAUCCCACAGUGACAAGUGGGGCCUCACGGGAUAUUGGGCUGCGAGUCACUGCAAUCUUCGUUAUUCUCGUUGGCUCGACAGCUGCAGCGUUGCUUCCCGUCUUUCUUGUGGCCCGUCAUCACAGAUCCUCAGCACCGCAAACACAGCUUCGCGUACUCUUUCUAUCAGCAAAGCACUUUGGUGCUGGGGUCAUUCUUGGGACGGCAUUCAUUCACCUCCUUGCUCCUGGAAUGCAGGCUCUGAGCAACGAUUGCUUGCCGGGCGGGUGGAAGGAGUAUCCAUACGCCAUGGGACUAUGUCUCUUAAGCAUCCUGUCCGUCUUUAUGGUCCAGGUGAUAGCCCUGCGCGUCGAGGCCAAGGCAAGAAUGGGGAUAGGGGCUCAGAUCAUUGGGCUGGCUAUUCUGGAAUGCGGAGCUGUCCUGCACAGCGUCUUGAUAGGCCUGACUCUCGCGGCUGCUCCAAAAUUCAAGACGCUGUUCGUAGUCUUGCUAUUGCAUCAAAUAUUUGAGGGUGUAGGAAUAGGCUCCCGCUUAGCAAGCGUAGAGUUCUCGGCGCAUCCAGUCUCGUUUCCUGUCAUAGGCGCCGUGGUUUUUGGGCUGAGCACGCCAGUGGGUGUGGCCAUUGGGCUCGCGACAGGCGCUAAAUCAGAGGAGCGGUCUUCCAACGCACUCAUCGUCUCCGGAGUCCUGGACUGUCUGAGCGCGGGUAUCUUGAUCUACACUGCGCUUGUGGAGCUUCUGGCUCGCGACCUUCUUGCGGACGAGACUUUACUCCGCGGCUCUUGGAAAGAACUUGCUCUCGUCUUAUUCUUGUUACUCAGUGGUUGUGGGGUGAUGGCUCUUUUGGGUAAAUGGGCGUAAAAACUGUACAAUGCGGCGAAUGAAGACUAAAUGAGACUGACUAAAAGUCCAUAUAUUCCCGACGGUUGCUGCCUCCCCACCCGGUUACAGUACUCGACCCAUAAGGAUCUUCAAUGGUGACCCCUGCAUGCGAUUCACCCUCUUUCAAUGAGAAUUCUCGCUUGAAUUUGGCUUCGAGCGACGAGAUGGUCGCAAUCAAUUUGGUGCAUGCAUUCUCCAUGACAGUCUGCGGUGUUACUGUUCCGUCUGUCUGGAUCUUGAUGAUGAAUUGCGGAGUCAACGGAUGCGCAACUUUGUAGCCGGCGAAGAGUACAGAUGGCUCAGAGAGUAGUUGGCUGAAGCAAGUGUUGGCAGGGCAACAAAAGAAUGGACGGAAACCAGAAAGCGUACGCUCGCAGCAUGUUCGCCAGCGUAUGAUCCUCCUUGAGAAUCGUGAAAGUUGCAGCGUUGGGAAUCUUGGUAUCCUCGGCGACAUCCAAUCUACAAACAUGGUGAGAAUUCCCGGACACUCAUAUCCUGCCCACCCACAAUUUCUCUCCGUCUUCCAGAACGUAGAGCUCGUAUCGAUUGAUAGCGUUCAUAGUCGAAAGAUCAAGCGCUAUGAUGGGAGUUAGCGCCGGACCAUCUGUACCAGGAGGUCGCAGAAAAGAUGAGCCAUCCGCCCUAUGGCUGUGGAGAUAGGGAUUCGAGAAAGUCUUUAACGACAGUCGGUACGCGACAUUGUCUCCUAGGCCUUGGAUAUGCGAACAGAGUAUUGCGUACCAAGCUGACAGAGGGCAAGUGCGGACACGUACACAAGACCAAAUAUCGACUACAUAACCCUUCCUUCUUCUCCAAUCCCGCUGCGCAGCUGCUGGGAAAUUACCAGUCUUUGGGAGCGACACCUUCAAACUUGAAAUGUCCACUACACCUACCAGGAAAGAGAACGUGCCGAUCAGAGACAGCGAAGGCCGUGGAGCAGAGCCGGCAGCCAAGAGAAGAAAGCUGGGUGCGGGAAGUUCAUUUUCGGGGUCACAGCCUUCCAAGUCAGCAUUCGUGGAGCUCUUGGAGAAGUAUGAGACAGGCGGGAAAAUGGGUGCGGCUACCAAAGAAGGAGGUGCAGACCUUUGGUCACGACCUACACUACGAGGCAUUGAAUCUAGGAAGGACUGCAUCGUCUUUCAGCAGAUCGAUAUAGAGGAGACCGACUCGUUCGGUGCUGUAUCUAUCAAUAUGUAUGGUGUGACUCAGGAGGGCAACAGUGUCCUAGCCCAUGUCACCAACUUUCUUCCCUACUUUUACGUCGGACAACCUCGCGGCUUCCGUCAAGAGGAUAUAGAGCCCUUUCGACAGCAUCUCAAUGGUCUGGUGGCCGGAGACCCUGUCGUUGAUGUUUGCCUCGUUUCCAAACGAAGCUUAUGGGGCUACCGUGGAGAUGACUGGGUUCCCUUCAUCAAGUUGACGGUCUCAAACCCCAAGAGUUUGCCCAAAGUUCGAGAUGAGAACGAGUGCCGCUACGAUUUCUUCCCCACGGAGAACCCAAUCGCUACCUUUGAGAGCAACAUUGCGUAUACUCUCCGGUUCAUGAUUGACACUAAGAUCGUCGGCAUGAACUGGGUCGAGAUUCCUGCCAACAAAUACACCAUUCUAUCGGGCAAGGAGAAACAAUCGCGUUGUCAGAUUGAGUUGAAUGUCAGAUAUGAUGCCCUGAUUUCGCAUUCCCCGGACGGAGAAUGGUCGAAGAUCGCUCCACUACGGAUUCUCAGUUUCGAUAUCGAGUGUGCCGGAAGAAAAGGAAUCUUUCCUGAAGCCGAAGAAGACCCUGUAAUACAGAUUGCGAAUAUGGUCACUCGCCAAGGCAUGUCAAUCCAUCCACAUCAUGUAUUGACUGAUCGAGAAACAGGGGAUCAGAAGCCCUUCAUUCGAAACGUGUUUACGCUCAACACUUGUGCGCACAUUGUCGGCUCUGACGUUCGCCACAAGACCGAGGUCAAAGACACGCACUUCUCUUCGAAGGCUUACGGACAACGAGACUCGAAAGAGACGCAACUUGAGGGCCGACUCCAGCUCGAUGUCCUGCAAUUCAUGCAGCGAGAGCACAAGCUCCGGAGCUAUACGCUCAAUUCGGUCUGCGCGCAAUUUCUGGGAGAACAGAAAGAGGACGUGCACCAUUCGGUCAUCACUGAGCUACAGAACGGCACGGCAGAAUCACGCCGACGACUUGCCGUGUACUGCUUGAAGGACGCGUACCUUCCGCAACGGUUGCUGGACAAGUUGAUGUGCUUCGUGAAUUAUGUGGAGAUGUCGCGAGUGACUGGUGUGCCGUUCAACUAUCUACUCUCUCGGGGGCAAUCGAUCAAGGUUCUGUCGCAACUCUUCCGACGAGCGAAUGACGAAGGAUAUGUUGUCCCUGCGCUCAAGGGCGAAGGAUCGGACGAGCAGUACGAGGGAGCCACCGUCAUCGAACCGAAGAAGGGCUACUACGACGCGCCCAUUGCCACACUGGAUUUCAGCUCGCUCUAUCCCUCCAUUAUGAUGGCACACAAUCUCUGCUACACGACGCUUUUGGAUCGUGGCACCAUCGACCGACUAGGUCUCGUCAAGGAUGUGGACUACAUUCUGACUCCGAACAAUGACGUGUUCGCCACUUCGAAGAGACGGAAAGGGCUGCUUCCUAUGGUGCUAGAAGACCUCAUCGCAGCUCGAAAGCGUGCCAAAGCCGAUUUGAAGAAGGAGACAGAUCCAUUCAAACGUGCGGUGCUCGAUGGUCGGCAGCUCGCUCUCAAGGCGAGCGCAACAGUAGGAAAAUUGCCCUGCCUGGAGAUAUCAUCCAGUGUGACUGCCUACGGGCGGCAAAUGAUCGAGAAGACCAAACAGGAAGUCGAGGCCGAGUACUGCAUAGCCAACGGCCAUUCUCACGACGCCGAGGUCAUCUAUGGAGACACGGACUCUGUGAUGGUCAAGUUUGGUCCAGCAGAGCUCGAGAGAGUGAUGGCCUUGGGUGCUGAGGCCGCUGAUCUUGUGACCGCCAAGUUCGUCAAGCCGAUCAAACUUGAGUUCGAAAAAGUGUAUUUCCCGUAUCUGCUCAUCAGCAAGAAGCGAUACGCGGGGCUGUAUUGGACGCGGCCUGAAAAGUACGACAAGAUGGAUACCAAAGGGAUCGAGACUGUUCGCCGAGACAACUGCCGGCUUGUUUCGACGGUCAUCGAGACAUGUCUGCACAAAAUGCUGAUCAAUCGCGAUGUCAAAGGGGCAGAAGAGUACACAAAGCAGGUCAUAUCCGAUCUCCUGCAGAACAAAAUCGACAUGUCACAGCUGGUGAUCACCAAAGCGCUAGCCAAGAGCGAUUAUGCUGCGAAACAGGCCCAUGUUGAGCUGGCUGAGCGGAUGAAGAAGCGUGAUGCGGGCUCUGCACCUGCCCUCGGCGAUCGUGUUGCUUAUGUGAUCAUCAAAGGCAUGAAGGGUGCUGCAGCCUACGAAAAGUCGGAGGAUCCGCUCUACGUUCUUGAGAACAAUGUCCCGAUAGACACCAAGUACUAUCUCGAGAACCAGCUCUCCAAACCGCUCAUGAGGAUCUUCGAGCCUAUCCUCGGCGAAAAGGCCAACUCAUUGCUCUCCGGGGACCAUACUCGCACGAUUCAGAUCGCCACACCGACCGUCGGCGGGUUGAUGAAAUUUGCGGUGAAAACGGUUACGUGCCUGGGAUGCAAAACACCCCUUCGGGCAAACAACAGUGUCAAGAAUGGCGCGCUUUGCAAAGACUGUCGACCCCGGAUGGGCGAGCUGUACCAGAAACAAAUCUCGACGACUUCGGCCCUGCAAGUGCGAUUCUCGCGGCUGUGGACCCAGUGCCAGAGAUGCCAGGGGUCUCUGCACCAGGAUGUUCUCUGCAGCAGUAAAGAUUGCCCCAUCUUCUACAUGAGGAAAAAGGCGCAGAAGGAUGUCGAGGACGCCAGUUCCGUUCUGGAGCGAUUCGAUUCAGAUGUGUGGUGAUAGUCGAUGUCCCAGUGUAUUCUAUUCUUAUGUGAUUGUGUUGUGC